CCGCUGCUGCUUUCGGUUUCCUUUUCCGCUGCACUCCCGCAGGCGCCAUGGCCGAGCCGGUCUCUGUGGCGGGGCUGGAGGAGGACUUGACCUGUGCCAUCUGCCUGAGCAUUUACAGCGACCCCGUGACCCUGAGCUGCGGCCACAGCUUCUGCAAGGAGUGCAUCCAGAGCUGCCUCAAGCAGUGCCCACAGAGCCCCUUCAGCUGCCCGCUCUGCCAUGGCCAGGCAGACGCCACCGUGCAGCUGCAGCCCAACAUCCAGCUCCGCAGCAUCGCCCAGAAGUUUUUGGAUGCUCCUGCCCCUCCAGAGGAGGCAAAGCGUGAGGUACCGUGCAAAGAGGAAGGGGAAAGUUCGGGCCAGGAAGACAAGGUGAUCCGCUGUGAUUUCUGCCUUCAAGAUCCUGAGCCAGCCAUGAAGACGUGCCUGAGCUGCGAGGCCUCCCUGUGCCAAGCCCACCUGAGCAGGCACACCAAGAAGAGCACCUGGAAGGACCAUGUCCUGGUGGAGCCCUGCAACACCCAGGCUUUGGCCGAGAGGAAAUGCAGCAAGCAUGGCAAAGUGCUGGAGUGCUUCUGCAAGACGGACUCUCUCUGCCUCUGCAUGCUGUGCUGUGUCAUGGGCUCCCACAAGAACCACGAGAUUGUCACUUUGGAGGAGGCUUUCGACCAAGCGCAGACGCUUCUUCCUGAAACUCUACAAGAAGUGAGAACAUAUGAAACUGCACUGAAGGAAACCAUGACAAAACUGCUGCAACAAGAGGAGAAAGUAAAGACUAAGGAGACCUGGCAGAAGAGUCAGCUUGGCAAGCUCUUUGGAGAGAUGUGUAUGCAGCUAAGUUACACAGAAGAAAAGGUCCUAAAAACUCUCAGGGACAGCGAGGAGCAACAGCUUUCUCAGAUUCAGUCACAGAUACUAAAAUACAAAGAUGAGAAGGAUGCAGUCAUCUGUGAUAUACGGAAGCUGGAGGCUCUGAAAGAUCAGAAGGAUCUACUUCUUUUUGUCAAGACUUUUACAGAAAUUCAGGCCAGGAAGCGCAAGCUAGAUCCUAACGAGGGUGAUAUAAAACUGCCAACACCACCUAUUGUUUUGAACAAAUUAACAAGGGGAGCUACUCUAAGGCUUUUCCGGCAGUUCCACUCAGACAUGCAGUUCUUAUUUCAAACACCACCUGUUCAUGAACAUUUGACUUAUCAAGAGGAUUUGUGUAGUCCUGUUCCCAAUGUAAUCCCUGCACCCUCGCAUCUAUCAUUUGGGUUCUCAAGUAACAAAAUCCCUGCAUCCCCACAACCUUUAUAUGGAUUAUCAUUCACACGCAAUGCCACCCCCUAUACAAAGAGAGAACACAAGAGCCAUCAGAGCUUCUCAACAGGCUGUCACUUCUGGGAGGUGGACACCAGCAACGCGAGGCAGUGGGAGCUCGGAAUCUGUCAGAACAACUUUCUGUGCUACCUGCAAAUGUCUCAUAAUAGUUACCUCUGUCUAUUCCUAGCUGGAACCAAGAUCACAGAGAAGCACUUUCCUACAGCUCUCAAAGUGGUCAGGGUAGAGCUAGACUGCAGAAGAAAUAUACUGUCAUUUUAUGACGUGUCUGAAAGGUGUGAAGAUCCUGCUGACGGCCUCAAGCUUAUAGAGUCAAUAAGCAUCCCUUCAAACUAUCCUGCCAGAGCUUUUUUCAGCAUGUCUGAUGGCAAUUUGAAGCUCCUGUAGUGAUGUGGGGACAACGUGCUGGUUUCUAUUUCCAGGCCUGUGUGUUGGGACUGCUGCUGUGAGGAGGCUGUGCUGAGCUGGCAUAUUAGAAAUUGGAUUUGGGGGAUGCUGUGGUGGCUCAUCCCUGUCAUAUACCUCUGUGGAGUAUAUCACAGCCCACUGCCACUGACUGCAAGAGCUCCUGUCUUAUUUGUUCUGUUAAUCAUGAUGGAAAUACUUUUAAGUUGCACUGUCUUUUUCCUCAGCUGGAUGAGAUGCUAUGUUGACUGCAUGUUAUUAAAGUAAUUGAGUUUGCAAAACUAAA